UUCCAUCUAAAUUCCGAUUAGACCAAAGGUUAUCCGAAUGCAAUAUAACUUUUUUCAGUUUGUGAUACCCCGCCGGAUAUUCAGUCAAGUACCACUACUGGGAAUAUGUUCAAUGUCGGUGACCGGGUUUCUUAUUCAUGUGACAGUUCUUCUGAUAGGUUCAUUUCGGAAUGUUCCCCCGUUGGCUCCUGGAAUACCACAGGCAUAAAUUGCAAUAACCAGACGCCACAGACUCCGACAGGAAUAAUAGGCUCCGGAUGGUUUGAAUGCAGAAGAGAUUCAUAUUUGUUUGUCAGAGAUUUACUUACUUGGUACCAAGCAAAGGUAAACUGCGAACUUCUCGGGUCACAGCUAGCCAAAAUUAAAAAUGACGGUGACUUCACUUGUGUUAAAGAACUUUUCGCUACCCUGUAUGGAGAUGAAAGAGUGAAAUUAUGGAUAGGGGCAAAUGAUAUCGACAAAGAAGGAACAUUCUCGUGGGCUGACGGUGAGCUUGUUGUCGAUUAUACCAAUUGGAACAAUAACCAGCCAGAUAACGCCCUUGGUAACGAAAAUUGUGUUGCGGUAGGGACUAGGUUUCAUUCUUGGAAUGACAUGGAUUGUGAUUUGUACGAAGGAAGUAUUUGUUACUUGGACUAACUAUGGAAUAGAAUUACAGCAUUUGUUCCAUCUUGAUUGGUGACAUUGCAACUUAAGAUAUGCCAGUAUCAUGACUAAGAUUCAUGAUUUGGUUAAAUCGUUUUCUUUUUUUCCUUUUUCAUUUUAUGUUUUUGUGGUUUUAAAAAAAAAUUGUGUUUAUCAUGUUCGAAAAUUUUAUUUGCUAUGCUGAAUGAGCCAUCGACGUAUUUCCGGUUUCAAAUUAUUAUUUGAAAUGGUUUUAAUAAACUUACAAAGCAUCGUCGUUUAAAUUUACUGUGAAAAAAAUAUAUUUCUUACUUAUAUAGUUGCUUGAUUGAAUGCUUAAUCUGGUUUUCUUUUUCAAGCUGAUACAAAUAAUAGUUAUGAAAUAAUGAGAAAAACAGAAAUAUAAAAAGUGACAAAACGAAUGAAAGCAAGUACCACAGGCAAAGUGUUCAACGGCAAACCAGAGCAAGCACGAAUCAACGUUUUGUGAUAGAUACAUGUGUAUCGAUAUUUUCAAAAGUAGUCUCCCUUUUGCAAAGAUCUUGUAAAAUAGAGUAAA